AAAAAACAUAGGACUCUUUGAAAUUAAAAAAUAAGAAAAAACCGCAUUUUAAUUUUUAAUUUUUUAUCUUAUUUAAAUAAAUUGAAUAAUAACUAAUAAUCAGAAAUAUAAAUCGUGUUAAAAUUAUUUUUUUUUUUCUCAAUUUUAACUACAUUCAAAAUUGUUGUUAUUAUCUUGUUCUUUUAAAAAAAAAAAAAAAAAAACUUUAAAAUUGUAAUUUAAUUUUAUAAAAACUAAAAAAGAAAGAUACAAGACGAAACAGAAAAAAAAUUUGCAUUAAGAAAAGCGGGAAAAAAAAAAACGUUUUCUUUUAUUGUUUAUUAUAAUCCCCCCCGAAAAAACCACCCUGGAUAAUCUCUUCGUAUUAUGGGUAAUUGCUUGAAAUGUUUUCAAACAUCAACAACAAACGAUCAAGUAAAUUCUUUAUCUUCAACAACAAAUCAAAUAAACGUAUCACUUUCUGCUGGACAUCAUCAAAAUACUGAUACAAGAGGUGGCGGCUUUAAAAUUGAUCGGGGUAAUGUGCUGAAAGGUGAUCGUCCUGGUGAAACUGAUGAGCUACUUGCUGUGAGUCCAAUUAAUUCAAUUAAUUUGAAGCGACAAAAUCUUGAUACCAAACAACGUAAUAGUUUUAAAAAAUCUAUUCCAUUUUUAAACGGUAACACAGCUAGUAUGGGGGACAUUAUAACAACAGUUAAAGAACCAAUUCAGGUUUCAGAUAAUACAUUAAAUUUAUUAUUUGAAGAAUAUAAAGAUCCAGAUGAAGAUGAAAUUUUAGCAGAAGGUAUUGAACGUUUAUGUAAAGAUUUAGGUUAUCAGCCAGAUGAUUUUGCAAUAUUAGUAUUAGCAUGGCGAUUAGAUGCAUCACAAAUGUGCCGUUUUACAAAAUCAGAAUUUAUUGGUGGUUUACAUAAAAUGACAGCAGAUACUAUUGAAACAAUACGUUUAAGACUGGAACAAACAAUUGAAAAACUUAAAACUGAUUCAGAUAUGUUUAAACAAUUGUAUCGUUUUACAUUUAGAUUUGGAUUAGAGGAAAGUAAUCGAAUAUUAUCAUUAGAUAUGGCAAUAAUACUAUGGCGUCUAGUAUUUACUGUAAAUGAACCACAACUAUUGCAACGAUGGUUAUACUUUUUAGAACAACAUCCGAAUAUACGUGGUAUACCAAAAGAUACAUGGAAUAUGUUCUUAAAUUUUUCCGAACAAUGUGAUAUUAGUAAUUUACAUUUAUAUGAUGAUACUGAAGCGUGGCCAAGUUUAUUUGAUGAUUUUGUGGAUUAUGAAAAAACAAAUUUAAAAUUAAAUAAAAAUAAUCUUAAUAAUAACGAUAAUGAUAAUAACAAUCAUGAAAAAGGCAACUCGGAUACGAGUGAUAUUUUAUAGUAUUAAAUGUAUUAAAUUAAUUUUUUUUUUAUUUUUUAAUUUUUUAAAUUAUAAAUAUUAUUAUUAUAAUAUUAAAAAAAAAAUAACAUGUAAUUGUAAUUAAAAAAAUUAAAACUUUUUUUUUUAACAAAUUUUCGAUAUUAAUGAAGAAGAAAAUUAAUAUAAUAUUAGUAAAAAAAAAUUAAUUGUUUUUAAGUUGUAAAUAGAAAAAUAAUUUCUUACAAUUAAAAAUUAAUCUUUAAUUUUUCGUCCUUUUAAUUU